UCCCCUAGAUAUGAGUGUCUGUUCUUCCAUCUUUGACGCAAAACUUCAAGCUGAGAAUUUCUGUAGAACCCCAUCUUCCAACUUCUCAAACACAAAUUCGUGACGUUUAUUGUUUAUUUUUUUUAUUUAUUUAUUUAUUUUGUUGGUGCCCGAAAGCUCCGUAGUUUAGACUAGAGCUAGACGGUCAACGGUCAACAUGCGCGCCUUCACCUACUUCAUUCUCUCUUUCGUCGGCGCAGCUCACGGCCUACCGAUACUCUUAGCCGAGCACAAGCGGGACCAGCUCAUCAACCUCAGUCCCAAUCUCGAUCUUGGGCUCAAUGCCAGUAACGAUAACUCCUGCCUUGGGUUAGGCAUCUCCGUAUGCGAUCCCAUCACCGUCGACUCCGAGAAGAACUCCACCGUCGUACAUGACGACGGCUCUAAGGCUAAGACUAAGGAAGAGCCGAGCACCAACGACAGUGGCUCCGGGGACUCUCUGAUCAACCUGAGCCCCGAUGUCGACCUUGGCCUCGACCUGAGCAAUGAAAACAGCUGCUUGGGCAUUGGCAUUAGCGCCUGUGAUCCCAUCACCGUCGGCUCAGAUGUCACCAACACAGUCAAGGACGGUGGCGACGAGGCCAAGGUUGUUGAACCAUCUUCUGCAGCAUCUACAACCACAACUACACCCGCACCUGCAACAUACCCUGUCCAGCCUAUUCCUACCAGUAGCACCAGCCCAACCAGCAGCCCUGCUACCAACGGCGGCGGUAACAGCCUACUUGACCUGAGUCCAAAAAUCGCUCCAGAUCUCAACCUAAGCAACGACAACAGCUGCCAGGGCAUUGGCAUUUCAGCCUGCGACCCCAUCACGGUAGAUUCCAUUGUCAAAAACAUAAGCUCGUAACACAUCAUCUUUCAGGCACAUACUUAGGGGAUUUGGCUUUGUAAUUGUUGUUGUCUGGGAGGAAAAAUGUAUUUUAAAAAGUUGUCUUGUUACUACUUACUACCUUGUCUCAGAUACCUUCGUUCAUGUACAUUACAUACCCGUUUGAUACUUCACAUUGACUAAUAUUAUUUACUAUUGGUGGCUACCAAGACCCUGAAAUCACCCCAUCACCCACCGUAUUAGGUGGUAUGUAUAACACAGCAAGGCUGGAACUGUGAAGCAUGCUUGAUUAUUAGGUGCUCACAACAUGACCUCGGAAGGACCUUGACAAUACCACAGGCGCGUAGA